UUAAUGCUGCAUUAGAUAACUCCGCACCUGUACAACCAACAUAAUGUCCAAUAGGCCUCAUGUUAAGUCUAGAAUUAAAGUGUGCAAACCUGUGUUCCAUCUUCAAGAUAAAAAGGAAGAUGAUAGUGUUUUGACGAAGGGGUUGAUCAAGUCGGCGAAGAGGACCGGCCAGCUCAGCUUAUGCAACAGAGGUCUUGGGACAGUUCCAGAAAAUGUAUGGUUGAUCGACCAGCUUGUCAUGGAGGAGAGCAAAGAGGUGGACUUUUCAAAAACAAACAGCAACAACUGGUGGAACACGGAACUUCUCAAGGGCCUCGAUCUGUCAUCAAACGUGAUAAAAACACUGUCACCCAAUAUCAAGUUUCUUUCUGAACUGGUUACACUCAAGCUUCACGACAACGCGCUCACGGCACUCCCUCCUGAAAUCGGCCACCUGAAGCAUCUGUCCAAUUUAAGUUUGGACCACAACAAGUUGACCAAACUGCCCAAGGAGUUCUACAACCUGACCGAGCUAAGAUGGCUCAGCUUGUCUCAUAAUCUGCUAGUCAAAAUUGAACCUGACUUUGGUGAUAUCGUCAUGCUGACGUAUUUGGAUCUAUCUCACAACAAAAUCCAGAAGCUACCACCAGGGAUGGGCUAUCUGAUCAGACUGAUUGAGCUCAACCUAUCGCAUAAUGAACUGGUCGAAUUGCCGCCGGACAUCGUCAAUUUGAGAGAUUUGAAGAAAUUGAACAUCAACAAUAACAAUUUAACGAAGCUACCGCCGAUGGGCGAACUCCGCAAGAUGGAGUAUCUCGACGCUAAUCAUAAUGAGAUCUACGAGAUGCCGGAUUUCUUCGGUUGCACCGCUCUUAAGGAAAUUUAUUUGGCUAAUAACAAUAUUAAGGAGAUCACAGAAGAAUUCUGCGAACAAAUGCAGCACUUGAAUGUAUUGAACGUCCGCGACAACAAGAUCGAGAUCUUGCCAGAGAACGUUGCUCUACUUAAGAAACUGCAACGGCUGGACCUCACUAACAAUAACUUGAACAAGCUCCCCAGCAACCUAGGUCUUCUAACCCAAUUGCAAAGCCUGAAUAUGGAUGGCAACAAGCUGUCGUUCGUGCGGCAAGAUGUACUCCGAGGUGGCACCGAUCGCAUGAUGAAAUACUUGAGGGACCGCAUGACCGAGGAGAUAGUCAACGAAACUAGAUAUACCGUCGACCAGUGGCCUGAUAAAUACACACUGAAAAAAACCCAAGGUUUGAUGUUACCUUGCAAAGACCUGACGGAUGUCCCGGACUCUGUGUUCAGCGUCGCGGCGGAUGCGGAAGUACACAUUGUGGACCUGUCCAGGAACAAACUCAACGCCAUGCCCUUGGGAAUCGUAAACCUAAACCAGACCCUGACUCAGUUGAUCCUGGCAUCGAAUAAUUUGUCGAGUAUCCCGCCGGAGAUCGGGCAAUGCACACUCUUGCAAUUCAUGGACCUGAGUAAGAACUCAUUGGCCGAUCUGCCUAAGCAGCUGGAAGCGUUGCGGAAUUUACGCGAGCUUGUUAUUUCUAACAACAAAUUUCCAAAGAUUCCACCCUGUGUGUACGAGCUUGAAAACCUCGAGAUCCUUCUAGCUACGGAGAAUAAAAUCACAGAGAUAAACGUUUCUUCAGAUGCACUGUCCAGGCUGAAGAAACUCGCCGUGCUGGACUUAUCCAAUAACAGUAUAGCGAUAGUGCCACCGGAGCUCGGCAACUUUAAACAUUUGAGAACUCUGGAGCUGAUGGGGAACUGUUUCCGCAACCCGCGACACGCUAUCCUCGCAAAAGGUACAGAGUCCGUUCUGUCGUACCUCCGCGACCGCAUUCCUACUAACGACUAGUCUCGAUCACAUCUACAGUCACGUUAAAAUCGAAGCAAAAUGAGCAAUAAUACUUUGGGUAACGCUGCUAAAAAAAUAUAUUUAUUGGAAAAUUUAUCAUUAGAGUUUUCAUCAAAGUUUUUCAGUGUCAUGGAUCCUUGUAUAUUCCUUAAGUAUUAUUGCACCCUUUCGUUUCACCCUGUAUAAAGUGCCUGUAUUGUUAUUUCGAACAGAUCUGUGCUUACUGUGCAAUUAAAGUGAAACAUUCACUAGUCAUUAUAGUGCUUACUGGUUUAGGAUUGGUGUUUUUGAAUAUGUUUUGGAGUUUGGGUAGCUUUGUAAAAGUACGUUUUCGAUAUUUGUCAUUAUCGUCUACUUUAGCACAAAUGUAAC